AUGUCUGAGCAGCUGAGUUCCCAGUCCACGGCGAAUCACAACAACAUUGGUACCCUUCAGCAGGAUGUUAACGUGCACACUACGGACGAGGCUUCUGGUUCUCAGCCUGGCUUGGCUACUACUGGGCAGGAUGAGACUUCUCACCGUGAGAGGUCUAGAUCGCCUGAGGUUGUCUUAGAUGCAAGCAUGGCUCGUCGUUUGCUUUCUGAGAAGCUAGGUGUUGAGCGUGACUUGUUGGUGUUUAUGACCUCUACUGAAGCUAAUGCUCUUAUAGACUCAGUUGACGAUUUGUCCCCUCGUUUGGCGCUGCGAAGGUGCUGGGCAGUGGCUUCGUCUGAAGCUGGAUCUGUUAGGAUGAUGGGUCGGUCAGCGCAGCCACCGACUCAAGGACCAGUCUACCAUGCCGAGUUACCGGUGGGUUCCAAGACUGGCCCUUCUAGCACCGUCUCCUUUGAUCGACUUUAUCACGAUUCUCAGGAUCAUCGUUCUGACGUCAAGACCAUGACUGCUAUCGGUCAGCUUCCGAUCCCGGGUGAUAAGGUGUUUCAAGGUCGAGAUGACGCAAGAAGUGUCUCCUAUUUCUGUCGAGAGCUUGCUCUGACUGGUGCUGCGGGGAGAGAAGGUACUGCGGCGAGUAGUGCUGGUACCUCCAGCAGUGACAGUACCACGGGAUAUGACCAGAUGUCACACCAAAGAGGUCAUCAAGACGGCAGCUCGAUGGAGAGUCUCCAUUGGAGACAGGAUGGAAUGAUUAACAUAUAUACUGAAGAGCGGCUGAGAGAUGAGGCAGCGAAGUCCGCUGCACGGAUAAGAGAGAUUGUAUGCGCUGCAAAAAAGGAAAAUUGGCAGGGAGUGUUGAGUAUUGUGGGAAUACUGCGCGAGACUGUCCGAGACUUUAUGAGGGAGCAUGAAGACUUCAUUUUACGCUUCAUGGCAGCGGACAGGGAAGGCCAGACUGAAAUGGCUAACAAAUGGCGGCCACAUGUGAAGGCACGAGCCAAGUUUCUGGCAGGUGACAUCAAUUUCUUGGAAUUAGCAUUCGUCGGAGUCGCUCUUAAAGUUCUGGAGUAUGGUCGGCAGCGUGUGGGAUACGUACACUGCCUCACGAAUAGUUCGGCCACAAGGGGUGUCCUACGCAAGCUCAAGGCCAGACCUGCACCCCCACCGUCGGAAGAUUCCGAGGAGAGACUGGGUACCGCUGAGGAGGAGAACCUACCACAAGCGGAGAGCUCUGAGGCCCAGGAGUACCAAUCGGCCAAUACUGGGGACAGAGAUAGGGUUGAGGAUAUUGACGAGGGCGUCGUCAUCAAAGAGGGAUCCUUGGAGACUACACUCCAACGACUUUCGGCCCGCAAACUGCUGGAGUCGGUCCUCAAUCCCGUGGGUUAUGCUCGCCGUGAGGAUUCUGUGAUCAACCAGAUCCUGGCGGCAACUCAGUAUGACCAAUGGCGUGGUUACGAGGACAUCAGAUGGUGGACGUGGUCCAAGUCACCGUGGAGUCUAAGCAGAUAUGUUGCUAAAGGCUGGGACAAGUCCUUAUCGGAGAGCCAGGGGACGGCAUUCCUGAAGGCCUUACGAGAGUUUGUGUCGGAGUUAGAGAACUACUACUCUAUGGACGCAGCCCUCAUAGCGGCAGUACUGAUCUGUUACUAUUCACGACACGAUGAGCCGAGCUCGAGACGACCACGGAUAGACGCUGCCAUCAACUCUCUCGUUGGUACUCCAUAUUCCGACUCCUUCCUCAGCAAUCUCAAUGACCUGAGAAAAGGUUGUGGUCCCAAAUGGAAAGCUCCUACUUCAACGCAACGAGAGGCGGCGCUGGCUCGGCUGAGAUCUACUGAUGAUGCGAUAUGGGGCAAAGCCUACGACGCGGCCUACCGUGAGUGGCGAGGGAUCAAGCAGAGUGAAAAUGAGAAUUUGGACGGCUUCCUUUCACGGGAGACGAAGGCUUUCCGCAACCUCACUGAUGUUUGCUGUUACCUUCGAGCAACCCAUCCUUCUUCAUAUCAGCGUGCGGUUGUUAUACUCAAGAACGUUGGACGAUCACUUUCGACGGCUUACUCUGUCUAUUUAAGACAACAAAGGUUAUUCCCAUUGGAUGUUAAAUAUGAUUCGCUGGUGGCGUGGCUUCGUACCUAUCAAGUGACCUCGGCAUACCGCUUUCCCUGGGAAGGAGAGCGACCGAAACCUACAUCCAAAGUGGUCGAGGGCUCGCAGAAGGCCUCUGAUGAAACGACAUCUAACCCCAAACUCGGAAAUUCCCUCCUGGAGAACCAGUGA